ACGCGCUCGUCGUGCAAUGCUCCUCUUAUCUCCAGCCACCCUCGCGCUCGCCCUCGCCGGCGCCCCGCUGAGGACGCCCGGGCACGCGGCCGGGCCGCCGGCGCUGCUGCUUUCGCCGCUUCGCGCAGCGCGGGUCUGCGCGGCCGUCAUGCUUGAGGCCGAUGGCGCCGCUGCGGACGGCACCGGCGUGGAUGGGCCUGCGGCUGGGGAGGGCGCAUCCGAGGCGUCGACGCGAGACGCGGCGGGCGCCGAGCCAGCGGAGGCGGCGGCGGAGGUAGUGGCGGAGGAGGAGGAGGAGGAGGAGGAGGAGGAGGAGGACCUGCUGAGCAGCCCCGCGUUUCUCAAGCAAAAGCUGAAGGUGCUCGAGGCGGAGCUGUCCAAGGUGGAGGAGGACACGGCGGCGCUCAAGGGCGAGGCGGACUCCAAGCGCGAGGAGUGGUCCUCGCAGCGGCAGCGGCUGCAGACCGACCUCGAAAACUUCCAGUCGCGCCACAAGUCUCAGGUCGCCGACAUCCGGACCGAUGCAAAGAUCAAGGUGGUCAACGAGCUGCUGCCCAUGAUGGACAACUUCGACCGCGCGCGCGGCUCCAUCAAGGCCGACGACGAGGCGCAGGAGCUCGCCAACGGGCGCUACCUCGAGCUCCACGCCUCGCUGAUGGCGGCGCUCGAGGGGCUCGGCGUCCAAAAGAUCGAGACGGUCGGCCAAGAGUUCGACUACAACCUGCACAUGGCGAUCCAGCAGGUGCCGAGCGAGGAGUACGCCGAGGGCCUCGUCUGCGAGGAGAUGCAGCCCGGCUUCACGUGUAACGACAAACUGGUGCGCGCGGCCUACGUCAUGGUUUCGUCUGGCUAGCCGUCCGGCGCGAGGGCGGCCGUCGCGCCGCAGAGCCGCGCCACUCUGCCGGAAAGAGGGGAGCGGCGGGAGGGCGCGGGGGAGGAGGCCGACUGGUCCGCUCUGGUCCACCCGGGCCUAGCACGCGACGGCCUUUGUUCAGGGCGGCGCCCCACUAGAGUAUGCGACUUGCGAGAGCGCGGGCGGUGCCUUGUGAUAGGGGGCCCACAGCGCCCCAAAAUCCACCAGUGUGGGAUUUCGCGCAAUCGCUUGACUCUGAAAAGCUCGCCAUGUAUCU